GGAAUAUUACACCAAACUUAAAUCCGUACAAAAAUGCCCUUUGGUUUCCCAGUGAAAAUAGGACCCCUUUGUUUUCCCACAUAAAACGUAACUAAAACCUUUUGGGUUCAAUAAUUAUUGAUUUGGACAUCGAAAAAAGAAACAUGGUUGGUGGAGUCGCGUGUGGUCGUCUAGCUGAAGAGAGGAAAGCAUGGCGUAAGAAUCACCCACAUGGUUUUGUGGCAAAGCCGGCUACUGGUCCGGAUGGGUCUACUAAUUUAAUGGUCUGGCAUUGUAUUAUACCUGGUAAAUCUGGGACUGAUUGGGAGGGGGGUCACUAUCCCCUGACAAUAUACUUCAGCGAAGACUAUCCUAGCCAACCCCCGAAGUGCAUGCUUCCUAAAGGUUUUUUUCAUAUAAAUGUCUAUCCUUCAGGAGAUGUAUGUUUGUCUAUCCUCAAUGCAGCCACUGGGUGGAGUCCGGCGAUUACAGUUAAACAAAUUUUGCUGGGUAUCCAAGAAUUACUCGAACAUCCAAAUCCCAGUUCGUCAGCUCAAUUUGAGUGUAAUAAGCUCUAUAUGGAGCAGGAUAAAACUGAGUACAAGAGACGAGUGAAGGAGCAGGCUAAGCAAUAUCCAGCUCUAAUCUAAUAUUAAUUAGCUGCUUUAGAAGUACUAAUGUAACUAAUUAUAUUUGACUAUGGCUAAACCCUCUUGAUUCUUAGCAUAGUCAGUAGGAUGUUAAGGGCAAUAGGGCAUCUUUUGUAUCCUGGUUCCUUUUUUUUGAGGGUUGGUAAUCCCUAAUAACUUAUUUAAUUGCCCUGUAUAAAAUAUCGAUUACUUGGUGCA